AAGGUGCCCAAUUUCCAGACGGUCGACAUGUCGUUCGCGUUGGAAUUUGGAAUAGCCUGUGGCAUCAAGCCGAAGCAUAACGAGAAGGACGCAGACAUCUGGAAGGGUCAAAAUCCCAAGAGCAGCGACGGCUCAACUACGGAGCUUCCAUUCAAAUUCCCCAUGGGAUGAUUGAAAUUUCAAAGCCUUUCACGGAAACAUAAUUCUGUUCAAUCCUUCCGUGAUGUGGGCGCUUCGGACCCCCCAAUAUACCCAAUACCCACCUUUGUCCCGCCGCCAUUCUUCCGCUCAUUCCCCUUCAAAACCCUCAAUCUGCUCCGUCUCCUUAAACUCUUCAACCGCUGCAAAUUCCAAUAAGAAUCAGUUGAUUCAAUCGCUGUGCAAACAGGGCAAUCUAAAACAAGCCUUUUUGCUCCUCUCCCAUGAAUCCAAUCCUACCCAACGGACGUGGGAGCUUUUAAUCCUCUCCGCCGCUCGCCGGAACUCUCUUUCCGAUGGCCUUGACGUCCAUCGACGCCUCGUCGAUGGGGGAUUUGACCAAGAUCCUUUCCUGGCCACCAAGCUUAUCAAUAUGUUUUCCGAAUUGGAAUCUGUUGACAAUGUACGUAAGGUGUUCGACAAAACGCGUAAGAGAACUAUAUUUGUUUGGAAUGCGUUGUUUAGAGCUCUUGCGUUGGCGGGUCAUGGAAAAGACGUACUGGAAUUGUAUGCCCAGAUGAAUAUGAUGGGAGUUCCUUCUGAUAGGUUUACUUAUACUUAUUUGCUCAAAGCCUGUGCUGCUUCAGAGUGUUUGGUUUCAUUUCUCCAGAAGGGUAAGGAAAUUCAUGCGCAUAUUUUGAGACAUGGGUAUGAAGCUCAUGUUCAUGCAAUGACUACUAUGGUGGAUAUGUACGCAAGGUUUGGGUGUGUUUCUUAUGCAGGUGCUGUGUUUGAUGAAAUGCCUGUGAGAAAUGUGGUUUCUUGGAGUGCUAUGAUUGCGUGCUAUGCAAAGAAUGGGAAGCCAUACGAAGCUUUGGAACUCUUUCGUGAGAUGAUGCUCAAUACCCACGAUACCGUGCCGAAUUCCGUGACGAUGGUCAGCGUACUCCAAUCCUGUGCUGCUCUUUCUGCUCUGGAGCAAGGGAAGCUUAUCCACGCUUACAUUCUUAGGAGGGGUCUUGAUUCAAUCUUGCCAGUUAUAAGUGCUCUUGUGACCAUGUAUGCAAGAUGUGGUAAGCUUGAGUUAGGCCAACUAGUUUUUGACUUUAUGCAUAAGAGAGAUGUUGUCAUAUGGAAUUCCUUGAUUUCGAGUUAUGGAGUACACGGAUAUGGAAGAAAAGCAAUCGAAAUUUUCGAAGAGAUGGUUGAUCAUGGAGUCUCACCCAGUUACAUAUCAUUUGUAAGUGUUUUAGGUGCUUGCAGCCAUGCCGGGCUUGUUGAAGAAGGGAAGGAGUUGUUUGAAUCCAUGGCAAAGAAACAUGGUAUACAGCCUGGUGAGGAGCACUAUGCUUGUAUGGUUGAUCUUCUCGGGCGUGCGAAUCGAUUGGACGAAGCAGCCAAGAUUGUAGAGGAUCUGCGUAUUGAACCAGGGCCAAAAGUAUGGGGCUCUCUUCUUGGUGCCUGUAGGAUUCAUUGUCAUGUCGAGCUAGCUGAACGAGCAAGCAAAAGGCUUUUCGAGCUCGAACCUACGAAUGCCGGGAAUUAUGUACUUCUAGCUGAUGUUUAUGCAGAAGCUAACAUGUGGGAUGAGGUAAAGAGAGUUAGAAAACUACUUGAUUCCCGCGAACUACGAAAGGUCCCAGGUAGAAGUUGGAUCGAAGUACGAAGGAAGAUCUAUUCAUUUACAUCUGUUGAUGAGUUUUAUCCACAGGCAGAGCAGCUCCAUGCCCUGUUAAUGAAUUUGUCAAAUGAGAUGAAGCAAAGAGGGUAUACCCCACAUACUAAAGUGGUGCUGUAUGAUCUUGAUGAGGAAGAAAAGGAAAGGAUUGUGUUGGGUCAUAGCGAAAAGCUCGCAGUUGCUUUUGGACUCAUCAAUACAAGCAAGGGGGACACCAUAAGGAUAUCUAAGAACCUGAGGUUAUGUGAAGAUUGCCAUUCUUUCACAAAAUUCAUCUCCAAGUUUGCUGAUAUCGAGAUUAUGGUUCGAGAUGUGAAUCGCUUCCACCAUUUCAAGGACGGAGUUUGCUCGUGUGGAGAUUAUUGGUAGGUUGUAUACUUGCAAAUCCUUGCCUUAUUCUUUGUUUUUGCUAGUACCAUUAUGAUAAUCACAGGUGAUGCAACAGUUCUAUUGGGCAGCUACAUAGACAUAGUUGAACACUUUCACACACCUUGAAAAUUGAUUUCUUGAGGCCUGUAGUUUUAUUGAGACGUCCUCUAGAGAAAAUGCGAAAGAAAAUGCAUCAUUUUGAUGUGAAA